UUUUAAUAUUAUAUACUACUUUUCUUAAUCUAAAAGUCCAAGUAGUAAUAAUACUAUGUUUUGUUUUUGUUCGUCAUGAUAAAGUUUGAUGCUUUUCCUUUUCCCCUUAUAGCUUAUAACUGUUGAAUUCUGGUUUAGGAAAAUAUGUAUACUUUUGUUUAAUGUGAAUAACGAACCCUCUGCUACAUAUUGUUUAUCUUUUAAAGCGUUUAUGGAAUCUUCCAUUAUAGCAUUUACUUGUUUGCAUGUUUUAGAUUGAUACUGAAACUAUAUAUAUACUCUUCUAAAGCCAUUUACGGAAGCUCUUUGUGUGUAUGUGAUCGAUAUAGGUUUAGUAUCCUCCAUCAAUGGACUUAAUAUUAUGAGGGUUUAGCAGAGGUUUUUAUAGAUUUAAAACCUUGUCAAAAUUCUACAUAGGAAAACAGAAUCAGAAUUAUCAUAUUGUUAAAGAUAACAGGACAUUUUGUAUGUGUUUCCAUUUGAUUAAUUGGUCGAGUUAUGUACUACAUUGAUGUUCUUGUUAUACCUUCAUUGGUUUUAAUCUUGUUUAGGCUUCCAUGGAUGUUCUGUUGUAUGCUCUUUGUUAUGUUAUGUGUUGGAAUGUCAAUGUUGUUCUCUGUGUGUUGGCAUUUGAUAGGGACGGGGGCACAUAAUCAAAGAGCCAUGUAUUUCUUCGGUUUGUCCAAAGAACAAGUGUUGUCACAGAGACAUGUUGUAUCAUAUAAAGAGACUUUUAACCAGAACCCAACCAGUAGUACGGUCACUCUCUUUGGGAGACAGGUGUAUCCAGUGAAAAGAGAGAGCUCCAAUCUCAGCAAUGGAUGUAUGAGGAUACAAGACAUCGAUCUUCGCCUUCCUGCAGAUCACUACGCUUGUAAUGAGGAGAAAGAAGCGUUAGCCACAAGCUGGAGUGGCAAAAGAAACCCAAGAAUUGUUAUUGAUCUUGAACAACUUCCCACAGAAGAGGAUGCGGAUUCCAUUAGCUAUGCCACUGUGAAAAGUCCUGAAACAAAACCAUCAUUCUUGGCUCAUCAAUCUCUCUUAGAGAAUGGUAGUGAUAAAGCAAGUGAUAUGGAGUCUGGUUUACUGGAUCUUAAUAGUUUCCCUGAUGCUGAUGAGUUGGUUUCCGAGCCUCGUUGCUGUUUCUUACAAGAUCUGAACUGUCCUUACAUCGAAGAGACGGAAACUAGCUGCGAGAAGAGUGGUAUAGAUGAUGAAACUACGCCGCUUUGCUCUCCUAAAUCCCAAAACGUCCGUGGAAAAGACGGUACUGCAUCUCCAGCUUCAGAUACAUCUUGCUGCACCACUGAAGACAAUUUGAGAAGAGGCUCCUCUCCUCGAGCGUUGGAUCCUUCUUGCCGUACCAGGCUUGAGUUUCCUGUCUUACCAGAUAACGAGGAGGAAGAGUUGUCUGAAGUUAUUCAAAUGGCAGCUGAAUCAUUAGUCCACAUAUCAACGGUUUCAUAUCAAAACCAAGACUUGGGAUCAAAGCCUGUGUCGAGAACCAGCAGCUUGGAAUGCUGUUCCUGCGAUUCGUAUGAGCUACACACGUUAGGGAUAAGCGAAACCAACACGGAAGAAGACUUGUGCGUGUCAUCAAUGGCUAUGGAUGAGCUCAACAACAUCACAAGAGAUGGAAACAAAGAGAUGGGACUGAAGCUGAGAAGAGGGAGGAGGAUGAAGCAUUUUCAGAAGGAGAUACUCCCCAACUUAACGUCGCUCUCUAGGCACGAGAUACGCGAAGACAUUAACAUCUUGGAAGCGGUUUUGAGAUCAAGAGAGUACAAGAAAAUGCAGGGGAAAACGAAAGAUGUCAUUAAACUCGGAGCGAACCAGAAAAACAAACGUUCAGUGUCACAGAGGUACGUUGGUAAGAGAAGGCGAAAACUUGAAUGAGCUUAUGAUGAUAUCUUCAUGGGUUUCAGAUUUGCUUCAUUGUGUAAUCUUUUUAACCGUCUUAUGUUGUUCAAUUCUUUUUUCUAUAUUUAACUUUAUGACAUUG